AUGAUCGUAAGCCUGUAUACGGAAGAUCCCAGCCUCACCAAACCCUUCAUCAAGGUGAGUCCCAGGGGGAAGCUCACACUGGGCUCAAAUGUCACCAUUGAAUGCCAGAGCAAAGAAAACGGAUUGACUUUCUCCCUGCGCAAAUCAGGAAAAGAGAUUGCAUCACAGAAGACAGAGCCACAUGGAAACACAGCAAAGUUCCUUCUCUCCGUGGGGAGGACAGAAGAGGAUGCAGGGAGCUACAUUUGUCAGUGUCAGCACAGAAAAAAUCCUUUUGUUUGGUCAGAGCCAAGUGACCCUGUGGAGCUAGUUGUGACAGUCACCUCAUCGACAGAGAUCGUCGUCCGUCUUGGAGCCGCUGGCUUGGUCUUGCUGGCCUUGGGGCUGAUUGUGGCUGAGGCAGCCUACAGCUGGAGGAAGGGGGAGCUCUAAGCUGCCCUGACUGAGCCCACACCAUCACCCAACAUCCUGCCCGCCUCCAAGGCAGAUGCAAAUGAAGUCUCUCCCUCUUCAUUCCUCCCAGCCCACGCUGGCAUUCCAUGGUAGCAUCAAAGAGAAGCGGCCUUGUUCUGGGCAGGCUGGCUACCAAAAAUCUUCCCUUUUGCCACACAUGGAAGGAUCUCCAGCUGGCCAAAGUCUUCCCAGCUCUUCCCGUUGGCCAGACUGCCUUCUCCUUAAACCUGAUGUUGCCUCUAAUCUCAUCCUGGCCUUCAUCUGGUCGUGGACCGAAUGUGAGUGUGCCAGACCCAGUCUUGCCGCAACCCCUGUGAGGAGCCGAUCCUGCAAAAAGAUAUUUGGACUUUUUUGGACAAAUGUCACCUGUCACCUGGGAUGUGCUGGCUCUCUCCCAGACACCAUAGAAUCAAAUUGUUAUGACAUCAGUAUCAAAUUUAAAUGACAGUUAACCACCACAGAUACUAAUGAAGACCACCAUGCAACUCCCCGUUGGCUGCUUGUUUGUCUGCCGUAACCAUCAAGCUUUCUUUU